AUGCUGGCCACGCCGCAGCCCCACGGGGACGCCGUGCUCGAGGAGGCGAUCCUGGUGGCCGCCAGGCUGGGCAUCCUGAAGCCCCACAACCACGUGGUGGCGGUGCAGCGCGUCCACGAGGACUUCUGCGUCAAGAUCGUGUCUGUGGACGCCCUCGGCGCCGGCAUCAAGAGGACCACCCUCGUCGAGCUGCAGCAGGCCACCAGCACCGUCCCCGUCGUCACAAGCGAGUGA